AUGAGUACUGCCAUCGCAAUGGCACCGUCGCCAGCACCUCAUGACAGAUCGUCCUAUGUCGAUAUCGCGCCCACAGCAGCAGCCCCCAACUCUCCCCCGGCGCAGCGCACAUCUGCCACGGCGACUCCGAACCAGGCGGCCCAACGAGCAGCAAGUGCGAGUCCAAAGGCUACACCGGCCGGAAAGAGUCCACCAUCAGCGUCUCGAAAUGGGGUACCACCCAAGAUCAUUGUUAAAAAGGAGCCUCCCUCGUCGCCAGAUCUCCCAACCUCUCGUCAUAGACCGCGCAAACUCGACCUCUCGAAGAAGAGCGCGUCCAACUUAAAUUCUAGCACAGCGCGGCCGUCGGGCGGCCCCCUCACAGCGCGAGGGGUGGAAACUGGCGGUCUUGGUAUCCAAGACGUGGGGUUGGCCUGUCUAUCUCCAGGAUUCGUUACGCAGGAUCCAACCAUGAGGGAACAAUUGCAACGGAGUAUCUCGGUUCGCGAGCAACAGAGGCAUCUCAUCGAGUCAAGGUUACAACAGACAGCAAAGCCAGGCGAUGCACCGAUGGAUAGCGCGAAAGAAUUAGGAGGCUUUCAAACAAAGACCCCGGGCACAUCAAAAAGAAAGGCACCCCCGGGGCUGAGCAUCGUCGCUCCAUCACAUGAGCAGUUUGCGCACGAGAGAGUAAUUCAGUCCGCUCCCCUUAAUCAGACCUUCACUGGACGACAUCAACCACACCCAUUGACGCGCCACAUUGCUAAUCAACCAUCGAACCUCUCUAAUACAUCCCAUAUUCACCAUGUCCCUGCAACGCAAACAAGUAAUCGUCUACCACCCAUCACAGAUGUAUUUGCAUCCGAAGGUCUCGGGGCUCACCGUGAGGCGUCGGGGAGGACAAGCUUCUUCCAGAACUCCGGCUCCGCGUCCAACUCGUCCCAAUCGAAUUCGAGAGCAGCAUUCCCAUCUCCUGGCCAGACGACUUCCUCGGGCAGACCUAGAGAGUACCGCUCUGCUGAAGACGCUCAGGUUGAAUUAGCAGGCGGCCGGCCCGAGCUCCUCCCUAAACUCGUCCAUUACGGAGGUCACCAACCGCCCACGCCCCCGUCGCCCCUGACGGGCAACACGAUGAGGCAGGGCGAAUCUAGCCGCGGGGGCAGGAGACGGGCGAGAGCAGAGUAUGAAGAUGGAGCCAGCCCACCUCUCGGCAACGGACCGCCGACGGCACGACGAGGACCUUUCGGCGAAGGACGGGAUAGCCCGAACAGCCAACAAAGGAAAAAGGAGGAGUUCUUGAGAUUGUGUGAUCGAGCCUGGGACCUUUUCCACUCGUGA